AGCUGCUGCGAAAUCAAUAGCAAAUGUUACUAACGAAGAAAACUUAGAAGUUAAUACUUGUAUCACUAUUGACUUAACUGAUAAUGACUGCUCUGUUUCCAUCCCUGAUGUCGCCUCUCGUCGCAUAGAUGGCACCAGAGAAUUCCAUUUCUGGUGCUCAGUACUUUGUUUCGAACGCGCGCAUCAGAGCUGAGUUGCAAGUCCUGUCUGCGGAUGAUAUAUUCAACAAUCUCUGCGCCAAAUACUAUGAUCGACUCCGGGUCCAUACCAACAACUUGGCCAAAAACAUUGCCUAUGACCCGUUCAUCCCACAGCGGAUAACAUUGGCAAGAUACACGAGUCUCGUAAACACGCAUUUGGCCAAUGACAUUGCUCUACGCACCCAGCGACUACUACAACGGGAGGCCGAUGAAAUAGCUGAAAGUAGGGAGCGAUUCCUUCGCCGACGGGAGGCUCAGCAACACAACGAAGCUGCACAAGCAGCAGCCCAACAGCCGCAACGACUACCUGUCUUCGAGGGUAUUGCGCCAAUGCCGCUGCCACUACCACCACCAUCACCACUUGCUGCCUAUAGGGUCCUAUUUAGAUCACAUAGGGAUCAGUCAUAAAAUUUGCAUUUAAUGCAAUUUCCAAUCAGCUGUCUUAACUUUUUGUAAUUUAAGCUAAUUUUAGCUCAAGCCCAUACUUGAGAAAAUGACCAGACUUUGUCUCGACUUUUCUCUUUUAUUCCAAUUGGCCACUUUGGGCUACUUUUCUCUGUGCAUCUUGUAGAUGCUUAUUAAUGAAAUAAUUGAAUUAUAUUAAUUAAUGCUA